AGAGGGAGGGAGGGGGAACUGGGGGGGAAGAAGAGGGGUAAUUUGGGUGGAGCAUUGUUUGAAAGGCUGAGAGAAAUAGGGGGCAGUUAAAUUUGAGAUAACUAGCCUCUGUCCUCCCUCGGCCUUGCCCCCCUCCUCCCCACGCCACCCACCCACCCAAUGAGCUGCGACCUCAAGCCAAGCCAUGACCCCUGUGCUAGAGUCCAGCAGUCACAUGACCCGCCUGUAAACCGACCUGAGGGGGCCGUCCUCUUCACAAGACCAGGGGUGAGAGAAGGAGAGGUGCGUGAGAUAGAAGCUACUGGGAGAGAGUGUGGCUGAAUGAGGCAGUGAAUGAGAGAGACAAAAAGAGGCUGUUAGAUAGUUCCAGUAGAUAGAGGAAGAGGUUGUUUUUUGAUAGGCGAGUGGAGAGGAGAGUCAUGAGGCUUAGUGUUUCUCUCUGGAUCUAGUCGUUUCUAGUCGUUUCUCAGGCCCAACAAAACAGUGUGGAUGGUUGCCAGGUGACUCUCUGGCAGGCUAGGACCAGCAUGAAAUGGAUACAUGGGAUGAUGAUCAGGCUGACCAGCGUUCCUGCCUCAUCUGUGGCGACCGCGCCACAGGCCUGCACUAUGGCAUCAUCUCCUGCGAGGGCUGCAAGGGCUUCUUCAAGCGCAGCAUCUGCAACAAGCGCGUGUACCGCUGCAGCCGCGACAAGAACUGCGAGAUGUCGCGCAAGCAGCGCAACCGCUGCCAGUACUGCCGCCUGCUCAAGUGCCUGCAGAUGGGCAUGAACCGCAAAGCUAUCAGGGAAGAUGGAAUGCCAGGAGGAAGAAACAAAAGCAUCGGGCCAGUCCAGAUCUCGCACGAGGAGAUCGAGCGCAUCAUGACUGGCCAGGAGUUCAAGGAGGACGCGGUACUGGCGGAGCACACCUGGAGUAAUAACGGAGACAGCGACCUAAGCUCCCCCGACAACGGGGUCUCCGAGGGCAACCAUCCCUCCCCCAUCUCUACCUUGUCCUCCAGCCGUUUGUUGGAGAUGAAUGGCUACUCCACCACCUACAGGGACCAGUACAUGGGCACACCCGUGCCCCCUCACUACCAGUUUCUCCCGCACCUUUUCGGCUACAACACCCAGACUGGCAUGCUGCCCACGCCCGCCCGUAGCCUCUACCCACAAUCCCAGACCCUGGUGUCCCAGCUGGUGGCAGCAGAAGACCUGGCACCUCUGGGCACGCCCAUGCUGAUCGAAGAAGGGUACCGCGUGACUCAGGUGGAGCUCUUUGCGCUGCUGUGCCGGCUGGCGGACGAGCUGCUCUUCCGUCAGAUCUCGUGGAUCAAGCGUCUGCCCUUCUUCUGCGAUCUGUCCAUCGAGGACUACACGCGUCUGCUCAGCGCCACGUGGCAGGAGCUCAUCCUGCUGGCCAGUCUCACCAUCUACAGCAAGCAGGUCUUCGGGGACCUGGCCGACGUUACCACCAAGUACACCCCCAGUGAUGAGGAGCUGCAGGGGUUUGGCGAGGACAGCAUGGAGGUGAUGGAGAGGCUCAUCUGCCUCUUCCGCAAGUUCCACCAGCUGAAGAUCAGCAACGAGGAGUACGCCUGCCUGAAAGCCAUCAACUUCCUCAACCAGGACAUCCGAGGCCUGACCAACGUAGAGCAGGUGGAGCAGCUGAACAAGCGCUACUGGUACGUGUGCCAGGACCUGACGGAGAGCAAGUACCCACACCAGCCCAAGCGCUUCCCCGAGAUCAUGAUGUACCUGCCGGAGAUCCGCUGCAUCGCAGGUAAAAUGGUCACCAUACCCCUGGAACAGCUCCCCCUGCUGUUCAAAGCCGUCCUCCACUCCUGCAAGUCUAACCUCAGCACAGUGUCCUCCGCUGGCCUGACCACUCGAUCUGCACCUGGAAACUGAGCCACGCCUCCGUAAACCCACCGUCCAAUAGGAGGAGAGAGCUGCGGGGGGGGGGGGAGGCUCCGCUGACAAGCCACUCCCCUCCCGCAGCUCACUUUGUGAAUGUGACAAGCAGCUUUUUAAGAAAACAAAGUUGUCCCCCCCCCCCUCUAUAUCUAUUUAUUACACGACAGAGAUGAAUGUAUGAUUCUGUUCCAGAAUGCACAAAACAAUGCAAGUCACAGUGCAGUUUACAAAAAAAAUCUGUUAAAUCAAACGUUGACAGUGUAGCCAGUAUUUUUAUUUUUAUUUUUUUGCCCAGACUAGUUCUCAAGGAUGUACUCUCGUCAACGUUUUUGUUUUCUCAUGUUUGGAGAUGCGAUGCCAGGAUUGAACUGCAUGCUAGCCAAAUAUACUACCUCAGUUGUUCCAUGUUCAGGCGCUGAUUGCCCUAUUUACCUGUGUAGAAUUAACCUGUGUAGAAUUUACCUGUGUAGAAUAUUCCUUCUUCUCAUAGUCGGACUUGGUGCAUAAACGACAGCAACUCGUCACCAUUUUUGUUUUAUUUUUAAUCAUGAAAUUCUUGGUUAAAAACUACCAAAAGUGUCCAAAGAUGUCGUCAAUUACAGCGUGUAGUUGAGCUUUAAGAACUUUAUAUGCAGCAUAUAUAUAGCAUAUAUAUAUAUAUCAAGAGGCAUUGAGACAUACUCGCCUACUGCUGUGUCUUGGCCUCCACUCCACUUGCUAGUUUAACUUCUAGAGAACAAUACAGGUAUUUUAGUCCCACACAAUGGAAGUCUGUGGAAGGGAGUGGACGGGUGAUAGCUUUUAUUCUUGGGUUUGAUUGUCCUUGCCUACACCAAAGAGUCAAAGUAUAGUUUUGUUGGUGUGAUGAAAGGGGCCACUGGAAGGACGUUGUACAUUUCGCGACUAACCAGUCGAUUGGCCAGUAGACUACGCCCCAGUGUGCCACCUUAACAUGCUCCAGUUGCCGUGGAGACGAGAAGUGCAAUAUGCACAGUGUGAGAACAGAACGAACAGCCCCAUGAUUGUGAUACAGAAGAGGGAAAAAAAUGGAUGCUGAAGUGUUAGAUAUUGGUACGGCCAGCCGUGUUUUUGAACAUGCUUCAUUUGGUAAGGGUCCUUUUAGAACUGUGCUCUCUGUGUGUAUGUGUGCUAUGUUUAUGUGUGUGUGUGUGUGUGUGUGUUUCUUUGUUUUUUUGUGUGUGUGUAUUUGAGAGAGAGAGAGAGAGUGUGUGUGUGUGUUUGUGUGUGUGUGUUUGUGUGUGUGUUCCACAUGCAUCCGCCAAAGGGUUCCAGUUGCCGUCUAAGGACCUCUCUGGUCUUUCUCUUGAGGUCCCUGAAGACUUGUGUUUUAAACAGGGUAAAAGCGAGUGUAUUGUACUGUGUUAAGAAAUAAUUCUCAGGAAUCACUUUUGUUGAAGUACAUAUAGAAUUGAGUAGUGUUAGGUCCUGGGGACAUUGUACUUCCCAGUAGUGGAUAUAUUUUGUCCUUUUAUUUUCUUGGGAUAUCUGUGAUUUUGGUGGGGUUCUAUUUUCCUGGUGUGUGGAGGAUUUGAGUGAUUAAGUGCUAAACUUUAACUUUAAAAAAAGAAGAAGAAAAAAAACAGGAGACCAUUGGGUGUGUUUCUUACCUGGACUGGUUAGAAAGCGUUAUAAUCUUAUGUGGUGCUAUAUUAUGCAAGUUAGAUUAGUAGAUUUCUGGGUGAGCCAAGACUUAAGAGACAAGCGCUCUCGAACCCAGCCAGAAGAAUCAAGUAGCGCACACCCAAACGCGGUCGAUGGUCGAGGUGGAACUGACUGACAACACAUUUGCAUUUGACCAGUUUUUGUUUUCUGCCCCCUGAAAACAUUCCAAGUAUUGCAAAAAAAAAAAAAAAAAAAAAAUCUUAUUUCUUGUGUGUCUGAAUGUUUACAUAUUUGCACCAGACAAUGAUUAAAGUGAAGUAACUGUGCCAGAUUGGAAGGUUUUGCUAUGCUGUGCAUGUACCCCACUCGUCUGUGGCCUUCGGGGCUGUUUGACGCCGUGGCCAGGCUCUUCAAGUGCCUCCAUUGUGUUCCUAUGCUCACCAUGCAGCCAUGAGUAUGUACUGCUCGUGUAGUUCAUCAGCUUGUUUUGCUGUCUUUUUUUUUUUUAAACAUGUUGAAUUAGAUUGUAUGUUUUGUUCUCUUGUAUUGAUGAUCAUUGUGAAUGUUACAUUUUUCUUCUGCUUUUAAAAGAAAAUAUCCUUUUAGUUUUCUGUGUUCAAGCGAGAGGUGUUUUUUUUUUUUUAAUUAUUAUUCUUUUUAAAUGCUCUGUUCUAAUGCAAUAGUUCAGAGGGGAUGUGAGAAUCACUUUCCGUGUGAAAUGCCAAAUACCACUCCGUUGUCCCGGGGGCAGUGCCUCUGUCAGUGUUUUUGUUUUUGUUUUGUUUUUGUGAUCUCAGGUCUACAGAAGGGGUUCUGCCUUUAGUCGAUAGGUGGUGUCUAGCUCAGGACACAAACACUCAGGGAUGCAUUUAGUGACCUGGCAGAGAUUCACCAUGUGGCAGAGAUUCACCAUGUGGCUCCACACUGAUCUGGCCACCCUUCUCGGGAGCCGGACAUGGGCACUGAGUGCUCAGCCUGCUCUCUCUCUCUCUCUCGCUCUCUCUCUCUCUCUCCUCUCUCUCUCUCUCUCUCUCUCUCUCUCUCUCUCUCUCGCUCUCUCUCUCUCUCUCUCUCUCUCUCUCACACUCUCUCUCUCUCGCUCUCUCUCUCUCUCUCUCAGGUGGGUCACAAGCCACUAGAGGUUUUUCCUUUUCAGUCUCCUUCCAUCCACCUCUCAAUGUGUUUUUUUUAUUUUAUUUUUUUUUUUUUAUCUAUUCUCCUGAAAGAUGAACUACUGAAACAUAAUCUGAGGAUUGGAAUGCCUCGUCAGCCUUUGUGCUGAUAGGUCGAUGGACAUUCACUGAUGCAUUGGCAUUUUGAGGUCAUAUUUUUAAGCAGAUGCAAUCAUGGCUGAGUGUACUAAAAAGCCACAUUCACCACUCUACUCAGCCAUCAGAUUUGAGGAGGUAGCGACUGAUAGCCACAUCAAGGGCUAAGCAAGGUAUAGCACAUUUGUAUAAAUCACCCUUUCCCUCAAUCAAAUCAUGUAGUUGUACUUGCCAUAAAUGUAGCACGGUCAUUCAUUGGAGCUCGUCUUAUAAAGUGGCUUUUGUCAUGAAUGAUAUUCUGGUGUCAAGCGACUUGAAUGUACAUCUCGUACUGUGAAUUUAAUAACAUGUUGUACAGUGAGUCUCGAAUGGUCCAUGAGUAACAGUUGACCAAUAUCAUCAUCAUCAUCAAAUGUCAGAAGACCUCCAUCGUUUACUUUUAAAAAUUCAAAUCAGACAUCUUCUAAUUUCACUCGUCUUGUGAUGUUAUAAAUAGGUGUGAAGUACCACGUCUGUGAUGCCCGGUUGUCUGGUUGUCUUCACCGGCCUCAGCUUUGCCUCUCUCUGCUGAUGCUCUCACUGGGGGCUACCUGUGGUAGUGUGACCCUGAAAUGUCCACAGCAUGUUUAGAAUGUUAACUUGAUGCAAAAUAAAUGUGAACCUUAUGCAACUCUA